AUGGAGCCAGCGACCCGCUUUGAUCCGUCGUCCAAUGAGCUGCUGCCACGUGGCAGGUUCCGCGGGGUGGUUGUAGCGGGGACGUUCGAUCGCUUCCACGACGGGCAUCGCACGCUGCUGCGCGCGGCUGUAGCGAUGGUGGCGGCGACACCAGACAAAGGGGGGGAAGAUACCAUCACCAGCAGCAGCGGCGGUGGCGGUAGCAGCAGCUGCAUUGUUGUAGGGAUUGCGGAUGGACCUCUUUUGAGCAAGAAGUAUCUCAGUGAGAUGAUCCAGCCCUACAACGAGCGCAAGGAAGCUGCCGAGAAGUUUCUGCAGCAGGAGCUACAGCGACAGGGCAAGGCUCCCGGCUUGGUUCGGCUUGAUUUUGCGCCAAUCCAAGAUCCCGUACCUGAGCGGGGAGGUUCGGAUCCGAGCCUGGACUGCAUUGUGGUUAGCGAGGAGACAGUGGGAGGCGCCGCGGCUAUCAACAGGAUGAGAGCGGCCAAUCAGAUUACUCCGUUACACGUAGUGGUGGCAUCAACAGUACCAGCGCCAUCAACCGCUGCUCUUCCACUCGCUCCCGCCACCACCUCUACAGCGGCUGACAUCAGCAAGCUAAGCUCCUCCCUGCUCAGGGAGCAAUGUCUCGGAACUUUCCUGCCUCUGCCAAGCAAGCAGAAGAGGCAGAGGCGGCAGCACAAGGGGCGGCUGCAGGCGGGGCCGUACCUGGUGGGGCUCACAGGAGGAAUUGCCUCUGGCAAAUCCACUGUUGCUCGCUUGCUCUGCUCCCUCGCCUCCUCCUCCUCCUCCUCCUCUGCUCCUACUGCUGCUGCUGCUUCUCCCUCUGCUGCUGCCACUGUCUCUGCAGCUGUUCCAAUUGAGCCAGAAGGAAGCAGGGAAGCAGCGAGGGAGGGGUGGCACUCAGAGGAAAGGGAGGCAGGGCAAGGGCGGCAUUCAGAAGAGGGGGGAGCAGGGCAGGGGAGGCAGUGGAGGGUGGGGGCGGUGGACUGUGACCGGCUCGCCCAUCGAGCGUAUGAGCCCGGCACACCUGCGUACCGCCGCAUUGUGGAGCUCUUUGGGGCCUCUGUGGUGCGCGCUGCAGAUGGGCAGAUUGACCGGGCGGCACUGGGAGCUCAAGUGUUUUCCUGCCCGGAAAAAAUGGCUGCCCUGACGGGGGUGGUGUGGCCAAUGGUGCGACAGAUAGUGGAGGAGGAGAGGGAGGCUGCAGGUGCAGGCGGAUGGGAGGUGACUUUUGAGUCGCCUAAGAAGGCGACCAAUUGUGAAAAGGCACCUACUUCGUCUGAGUUCACAGGAGGAGCGUCCACUUUUUCUGAGUGCACUGAAAAGGCAUCUGCCUCUGAGACAUGUAGAAAUUCGUUUACUAUUCGCCCUAUAGCUCCUCCUGCGGCUGUGCUUAUAGUGGAGGCUGCCAUGAUGGUCGAAGCAGGCUCGGACCAAACUGUAGACGAGGUCUGGGUGGUGUUUGUCCCCGAGGCUGAGGCGAAGGCUCGGUUGAUGGCACGGAAUGGGGUGACUGAAGAGGAGGCGGGGAAGAGGAUUGCUGCGCAGGUUGGUUUGGUGGAUGGUGUAGGUAGACUGGUGGAUGGGUGUUUGAAGCCUUGUUCUCAUGCAUGUGCGGAGGGGGAAUGGGUGCUGGGAUGUGUGUGUGGGGAUGUGUGUACUUAUGUGCAUCGAUUCGUCUCUGCUUCCUUUCCCCCUGCCACAGCAUUUUCUUUCUGUCUGCCAUCCUCCCCCUCUUCCCCUUUACCCCUUCUCUUCUUACCCCUGUCGCUUUCUUUCCCUUCUUCCUUUAUCCUCUUUAUUAACAGCUUUGUUCCUGAAUCUCUCCUUUUCCCUUCCUCAACCUCUUCUCUUGACCUUCACUCUCCACUCACACCAUCCACCACCCAGAUGACGUCAUCUGCCAGGCUGGCACACGCUGACGUGGCCAUCUACAACGGCGCCAGCGAGGACGCCACACGGCACCAGCUGGAGCGGGCGUGGAGUGAGGUGGCAACGCAGCGGGCAGGACCGUGUUUGGAGCAAUGGAAUGAAAACUUCAAUAGGCUUCAGGAGCAAUGGAGCAUUUCCUCUGGGAACCCACACUCUAUGGCUGCUCAUAUGCAGCCUCAUUUCCUGGAAGCUGCACGGUCAGUGUGGACCCGUUGGGCGGCGCUGAUGUGGCGUCUGGAUGUGGAUGCUGACGUGGCAGAGAGAUGGUUCCUGAAGCUGGUGUUGGUGGAAGAAGGGGUGAGGGGGGAGAAGGAAGGGGAGAAGGCGGGGGAGGAGGGCGGGCAGCAGGUUGGAGUGGCAGGGGGGUGGGUGGCAGCUGUGAUCGUCUGCUUCCAACACCUCCGCAGGUGUGCCUCUGUUCCUUGUGUGUGCUGCAGGCCAGAAUGCUGCUCUGUUUACCGGUUGAAGGUGCAGCAGGUUGGGGUGGUGAGGGGGUGA